CUUCUUCUUCUUCUUCUUCACACAGAGGCCAGAGCAGAGCGAGAGAGAGAGAGAGAGAGAGAGAGAUAUGAAUAAGGGAGGGUCUCGGUUAGUGUCGAAGGUGCAGCAGCCGAUUGGGCAGAAGAGGCUGACGAACGUGGCGGUGGUGCGUCUCAAGAAGCGCGGCAACCGCUUCGAAAUUGCUUGCUACAAGAACAAGGUCCUCUCGUGGCGCUCCGGCGUAGAGAAAGAUUUGGAUGAGGUGUUGCAGUCAAAGACGGUGUACUCGAAUGUUUCCAAAGGUGUUCUUGCCAAGACCAAGGAUUUGGUAGCUGCGUUUGGGUCGGAUGAUCAGACCAAGAUUUGUUUAGAGAUCUUGGAUAAAGGGGAGCUUCAGGUCGCUGGGAAGGAGAGAGAAUCUCAGUUGUCCAGUCAGUUUCGGGAUAUCGCUACUAUUGUGAUGCAGAAAACCUAUAAUCCAGAGACUCGCCGCCCUUACACUAUCAGUUUGAUUGAGAGGUUGAUGCACGAAAUUCAUUUUGCUGUGGAUCCACACAGUGGCUCAAAGAAGCAGGCCCUUGAAGUCAUUCAUGAGCUGCAAAAGCAGUUCCCGAUCAAACGGUCUCCCAUGAGGUUGCGACUCACGGUUCCUGAACAGGAAGUCUCAGCACUCCUGGAGAAGCUUACAACUUGGAAUGCUUCCAUUGUUUCAAAAGAUCCAUCAGGAAAUCAGCUAUCCAUUAUCUGUGAACUGGACCCUGGUUUGUAUCGGGACUGUGAGGGUUUGUUGAUGACACUGCAUGGAAAGUAUGAAGUCCUUGCUCUCUCUGUGCAUGCAGAGGGUGACACAGUUAUUGAUCAACACGAAGAAUAUGAGGACGAACUGCCACGCUCACUCAUUGAAUCGGCUGAUUCUGAAUCAUCAAAGAAGAAAGAAACUAGUCCUUCUGACUUGCCAAAGAAGGAUUCAUCUGAUCCAGUAAUGCAACUGAGUGAGAAAAUGCAAACACAGAGCAUCUCUACUGGGAAUGUGAAGGCCACAGGGGAAGGAAAACAAAGCAAAUGCAGCACUUGCAAUGCAUUUUUUGGUGAUUCCAAGCAGUUCAGGGAUCACUUCAAGAGUGAGUGGCACAAGCAUAAUUUGAAACGCAAGAGCAAGGAACUUCCUCCUCUCACAGAAGAUGAGUGUGCAGCUGACAUUGACAUGGAUGACUCUAAGGCGGAUUUGAAGGAUUAUUCUUUCUGAAUGGGGUUCGGAUGUCAAAAUUUGAAAGCUUGAGAUGGUUGGUUACACUCCUUUGAGUAGAGAUAAUGAAUGAAAGUGUUUGUAAAGGUUUUUGCAGAAUUAUGUACCCUAGACUACAACUGAACUGUUAACCUAGCUAUAUAUAUGUCAUAUUAAAAGCCGAUGAAGGUAGUGUUCCCUACAGACUGAAAUUCCUAUACAACUAUUCAUUGGCAAAUA